AUGUUGUAGUUUAUGUUAGUUAUAAUUUGCUUUUAGGUUGUUAACUCAUGACUUUACGUCAGUUUCGUUUUAUUAAUAAAACCCCUGGCUUAUUCAUUUCCUCUACUAUUUUCUAACAAGUGCAAGUGUUACAGUGCGAGUUUUACGUACACGGAGAAAUUCACCUUGAAACAAUGUCUGACUUUGAGUACCAUGUAAUCCAGUCUAAGAAAGACCUCGACUCUGAGGAUGAAUCUGGAUCAUUAAAGACUCAGAAGAAAACAACCAAAAGGAAAAACGCUUCUCAGAUCCCGAAACGUGACGCGGGCUGGUCGCUGGACAGAAACGUCGUCGAAGAAUGUGCUAGUAAAAGCAAGAAGAUCAAACCAAAGAAAACUGUGAAAAAGCACGCAUCGUCCGUGUUAAUAACUGAUACGUUGCAGGACAGUGACACUGACCUUGAUGAAGAAGACAAAACUAAAAGUACGACAACCAAGUCGAAGAAAGAGACACCUGAUUGUAAGCCAGGCUGGUUUUCAAACCGGGGUGACGAAGGACAUGUUGAAGCCCAGCGUCGAGCAUCCGCUGCCAACUCUCUGUCGUCCGUGCUGAUACGUCGCGUCCCAGGCGGCUACCGUCACGCGAUGCUAUAA